AGAGCAGGAUCAUGUCACGUCCGGUUCAGUGCAUAGUACGUACGGAAAAAGCAACCCGCACGACCGACCGAACCCAGCUCGCCACUCAUCGCCUCAUCCCCAGUGUCCCCACCUACGACCGUCUCCCCUCACUACACGACCACGACCACGACCACCAUCACCACCAGCACUACCACCACUAGCACCACUAGUCAGCACACAAUGUCCGCGCCCGCAAGCUAUUACGAGCUCUACCGUAACUCCUCGAUAGGAACUACUCUGACCUCGACGCUCGACGAGCUGCAGUCCUCGGGAAUGAUGACGCCGCAGCUGGGCGCCCUGGUGCUGCGGCAUUUCGACCGUCACAUGGCGGAGGGUCUCGCGUCCGUGAGGGCCGUCAUGAAGCUUAAGGGCGACCUGGUGACGUACCGAAACGUCGACGACGUGUGGAUGUUCCAGCUCAAGGACAUCACGUUCACGUUCGAGAAGAAGAACCAAGUGCAGGUCAAGAAGAUUAAUGUUGUUGCGAUGGCGGUGAGGGAUUGACUUUAUAGUAUAGUAGACUAUGCAGUGCAUGUAUGGAUUUUGGUUUCCUUUUUUUUUCUGACUUUUUUUUUUCUGACUUUUUUCGGUUCGAUAUGCUUUCACUUGUGUGAGCACAUGUAGAUCGUACAUACCGCCCCCGGUGGUGGAUGCGAUGUACUUACUCUGGUUACCGUAGAUCGAGGGGUGCAGGUUUCUGGUUCGCUCCGUGAGCAGGGCUGGAGAGGUUACUUGAAAGCUCUACUACAUAGUAUCAUAGGAGG